CGAGAAUUUCCGUCCACUCUCCUUUCCCUCCCCAACACCCCAGGGCUGGUCGUGCGUGGUCCGACCAAGCGCGGGGAGGACCAGGACCGUCCGGGGAAGGGGGAGGGGGCCUCGCGAGACCCCUCCCCGCGUCUCAGGCCGCGGCGCUGAAUCACCCGCGAGGUAUUUGCAUCUGAGAGCGAUUUGUCACCCGGUGAUUUGUCUUCCCGGCGGUUUCUGCAAACACACUAAUGAGCUGGACACCAGCUGCUGCCUCUCCGUGCCCAGCGUGAGAAGGAGGUGCCACCUGUUGGCAUGCCCCAUCAGCCUUCAGUCUGAGCCAAGCGGCCCCUGCCCCCCGCCACCCUGCACUGUCCCAGCUCCCCCUCGGCCCCCACACUGCAGUGCGGCCGGGCCCCCUCCCCGAAGGGGCCACCCCUGCCACCCACCCCUGGUGCCCGGGGUGGCCCAGCCCGCAGGGCCAUGAAGCUACAGGCUGUGAUGGAGACACUCCUGCAGCGGCAGCAGCGAGCACGCCAGGAGCUGGAGUCCCGGCAGCCGCUGCUGGCCGAGGCCCCUGCUGGUCCCCCAGCCCUCUCCAGGGCUGUAUUGGACGAGGACAGAGACCCCGAGAACACCCGAAUGCAGCAGGCACAGAUGGCUGCAUUGGCUGCCAUGCGGGCUGCUGCUGCAGGCCUUGGACCUGCACCGAGUCCCUGUGGCUCUGAGGAUGGGCCCCCUGGCUCAGAGGAGGACGACACUGCACAGGAGAGGGAACCAGCCUCACCAGGCCGAGGCAGAGAGGCGCCAGGACAUGCCGAAGGCGACGGGCACUUUGAGGAUGUGGGCUCUGAUGACUGCCUGAAGCCAAAAUGGGAAGAAGAGGAAGAGGAGGAAGAAGAGCUGGAGGAAGACUUGGGGGAGGAGGACGAGGAGGAGGAGGAGGAGGAAGACUAUGAAGACGAGGAGGGGCUCGGGCCCCCAAGCUCUGCUGGCCUGGGCCCUGCAGCCCUGUUCCCCCACAAGGCCCAGCUGCCCCAGGCCUUCCGUGGCGGUGAUGGGGGGCCCCGGGUGCUGGGCAGCCAGGAGCGCCCAGGGGCUGGCCCAGCCCACCCCGGAGGAGCUGCCCAUGUCGCACCCCAGCUACAGCCUCCUGACCAUGGGGACUGGACGUACGAGGAGCAGUUCAAGCAGCUCUAUGAACUGGAUGGGGACCCCAAGAGGAAGGAGUUCCUGGAUGACUUAUUCAGCUUCAUGCAAAAGCGAGGGACGCCCGUGAACCGGAUCCCCAUCAUGGCCAAGCAGGUGCUUGACCUGUUCAUGCUGUACGUGCUGGUGACGGAGAAGGGCGGCUUGGUGGAGGUCAUCAAUAAGAAGCUGUGGCGUGAGAUCACCAAGGGCCUCAACCUGCCCACAUCCAUUACCAGCGCCGCCUUCACCCUGCGGACUCAGUACAUGAAGUACCUGUACCCGUAUGAGUGUGAGAAGCGCGGCCUCAGCAACCCCAACGAGCUCCAGGCAGCCAUUGACAGCAACCGGAGGGAGGGCCGGCGCCAGAGCUUUGGGGGCUCCCUCUUCACCUACUCACCGGGAGGUGCCCACAGCAUGCUCUCCUCGCCCAAACUGCCUGUGUCCUCCCUGGGCCUGGCCACCAGCACCAACGGCAGCUCCAUCACCCCCUCCCCCAAGAUCAAGAAAGAGGAGGAUUCGGCCAUCCCCAUCACGGUCCCCGGCCGCCUGCCAGUCUCCCUGGCAGGCCACCCCGUGGUGGCAGCCCAGGCAGUAGCAGUGCAAGCAGCAGCAGCCCAGGCAGCUGUGGCGGCACAGGCAGCUGCCCUGGAGCAACUUCGGGAGAAACUGGAGUCUGGGGAGCCUCCAGAAAAGAAGAUGGCCCUGGUGGCGGAUGAGCAGCAACGGCUCAUGCAGCGAGCGCUACAGCAGAACUUCCUGGCCAUGACAGCCCAACUGCCCAUGAGCAUUCGUAUCAACAGCCAAGCCUCUGAGGGCCGCCAGGAUUCCGCUGCAAACUUGACCAGCACCAAUGGCAGCAAUAGCAUAAGCAUGUCAGUGGAGAUUAACGGGAUUAUGUACACAGGAGUGCUGUUUGCUCAGCCACCAGCCCCCACACCACCCUCAGCUCCCAGCAAAAGCGGUGGUGGCAGCAGCCGGGGAGGAAACAGUGGGACCAGCAGCAGCGUGGGCAGCCAGGCCGGGCCAGCGGGGUUACCCACACCCCCCACGUCUUCUACCUCAAAUAAUUCAUUGCCUUAACCGCACCACUCCCCACCCGCCGCCCCCACCCUGGGAGCCGGUCACACUGGGCAGGGGCCGAAAGGUGGGCCAAGCAGGGCCGGGGUGGUGGGAGAUACGGGUGGGGAGGGGAGAUAUCCACAAAGGAGCCACAGCUAACGCCAAAAAUAGAAGAAAAAAUAUAUAUAUAUACAUAUAUAUAAAGAAAAUUUAAUAAAACAGGGGAAAACCAAGGAACACUUGAAUUACUCAGGUUUCAGACAUUCAGAGAAAUGAAUUGUGAGACUAGGGAAGGAAACGAGCAAAGGAAGUUCCCAGGGCUCGCCUGCAGCCGUGGUGGACCGACUAGGACUGGUCGCUGGUUUGGACCAGGUCCUGUUUACCUCAUACAUCCCUGCACUGUGUGUUUUCAUUUUUGUCCGGUUGUUUUCCUUUUUUUUUUCCUGUUCAUCACACACCCACUGUCCAUACCCAGCUCCUUGUUUUCAGUGAAACCCCUGAGCCAAGAUCAGUUGAAUUUUUUUCUUGUUGCUUUUGGGAACUUUUUAUUUUUUUUUUAAAGAAAUAGUGAUAUUCAAGCUUUAUAGGGUUUUUAAGAGGUUUGGGGGGUUUUGUUUUGUAAAUAUUAUAUUUUAUUCUUAGGGAAGGAAUCAAACCUUAGGAAAAGGAUAUAUAUCUCUAUAUAUUUGUGUUCAUUCAGGGAAACUGGACUUAAAAGAAGCAAAAAAAAAAAGUAAUAUCCUUUUAAUUUUUUCCAUGACUGAUUUGGGUUCAUGUGUGCAUUUCCUGUGGUGCAGUAGGCAGCCGGUGAGCGCGGGACACUGCGCCCUGGGCUCUAGCCAGAAAAGGCGGUGAGCUCAGGUGCUGAGUGCCAGGCUGGGGCUGGGGGCGCCAUGGGAGGACGUGAGUGCUGAAUGGCAAAGCAGGACUCUAGAUGCUGUCUCUCGCUUGCCACACUGUGCUCCCAGUCAGGGACCUGGAAGUCAACCAGAGAGGACACAGUGCUGGAAGAAGGGCCAGGGCCUUGGGUGGGGGGUGUCUGUCAUAGCUCCCAGGCUCCUGUCUCAGGGAUGAAUGUGGCCUGGGGACUCCCUCUUGCCUGGAAGGGCUGCUUCUGGAGACCUAUCUGUAUUGAUGUUCGGAGACGGGGGUGAGCCAGGCUAAGCUCAGGGUGAGGAUUCUGGGGCCUUGUCAUCCUGCACACCCCACUCCUUCUCAUCUCCUUCACUUAGUCCCUCAGUUCUCUCUCGCCCCCGUGCAAGGCUACAUUCCCAAUGUAAUUAAAGGAACUAAAUAGAGGCCCACGAGGAGGCUGCACUCACUCCACGACCCCUUCCCCCAGGUGAGAAAGUGGGCAUCGGAGACAGUUGGGCUGAGGAGUUUAUUUCAGUGGCUGAUCUUCGCUACAAGGUAGCACCUUCUGUCCAAAGGCCCAGGUGGGGUGUGGGGGCUUCCUUUGCCAUCCUAACCCUUGCUGGCUCUCUGGGAACCAGGCAGUGCUGGUUGGGACUGUGCCUCCUACACCUUAGCGCCCUUUCCUUCCAUGCAUUGAGUUUGUCUGCUCUAUUGGGCCCAGGGAGCCUGGCUUAAUGAGGCCAAAAAGGGAAGUGCCCCACCUGGCAGCCUCCCAGAUCCCCGGAUCCCAGACUCAGUGAUCCCGGACCCGGCGCCAUCUUGUUGCCUUGGAGACCUUGCAGAGGGGAGCAUCCAGGUCCCACCCCUGCCCCAUGUCUGGGUUUGCUUGGGUGCGGUGCUGUGGUAUCUUUGGGGAGAACCCCUUUCUUUGGUGUAUCUCAGGGUUGUUGACACCGCCCACCUUCCAAAAUGGGGCAGCUGCAGGCAUCUGGGGUUUCCUCUCUGUUUUUAACUUCUGGAAGGUUCUCCUCCCCAACUCUCACUGCAGCAGCACAACCACUGUGGGAGGAGGAUCUUCUUGUCUCCAGAGCAGUGGACCGGAUGCUCCUUUUCCCUUCUUCCAUGACCAGGCCCCCCGGAGCCACAGCCUCCUGGUGGGUGCGGCCCACAUGGGGGUGUCUGCUGCCUGGUUAUUUCUACCUCAGGUCCGACUCUUGAUGCCAAAGCCCCUCCUCAGCCUGACCCCUUUUUCUGGCUCAGAGUUUCAACAAGUCCCAAUACCUAUCCCCUCUACCCGUGUCACGGGCACCUCCACCUGAGAGCCCACCUGGGUGCUCUCUCUGGUCCUGUGUGUGUGUCUCACAUGUCUGUGUGUGUUGGGGGACCUGGGUGUCGUGUCCUGUGGGCGAUAUGGCCUGCGGAUCUAACUCAGGGCAUGUCUGCUGUUCAGGGUGAUUGCAGGGGUGAGGGGAGACGGCGCUGUGGGCAGGGGGAAGGGAUGGAAAGGCACGGGGGAGCUCCAGGCUGGGACGGGGUUGCAGCCUCUGCCUCGAGUGAGUCCCCAUGUACCCUCUGCCACGCCCAUCUCAGGACAACCCCUGUCAGCGGGGGUUCUAGGGUGCAGCUCAGCACCCCCUCAUGCAAACUGGGGUGGGGAAGGGGCAGCCAUCUCUGUCAGCGGCUUGCUUGUACACUGUUCAUUCUGGAAUGGGUGGGGCUUAGCUGCCUGGUGCACGCAGGGACCCCCCAAGCUCAGGCUCAAGCUCAAGAGGGGCUCAGGGGCUUCCCCUGCUCUAGAGAUGUUUGUGACAGCUGCUUCUAGAAUCUUCCUUGUGACCCCUAAACUGGCCGCAGCGCUGCCCACUGUCGCGCAAGGGGCAGAGCAGAGGCGUUGGGGCGGCUGAGCUACUUUUUAAUAGUUGUGCAUUUGUACAGUCACUGUUUUUGCUUUUGUCAUUUUUGCCCGCUUCUAUCAUUUUUUUCUUCCCCUUAAUUUUACUUCUGCAUUUUUUUCUUGGCAAACACGAAUGAAUUCAGCCUUUCAUUCCUGACAUGUGAAAUUUCAGUUUCUCUGGGGUUUGUCCGAUGGCACGGGGACCGUGCCGGAACUCAGGUUAAAGGAAAAAAACUUUAAAAAGGUAUAAACUACUCUACCUCUGGCCGGGCCUUGCCUGUCACCCUGGCCGGUGGGGCAGCCGGUAAGGAUUUCAGUUUUGCAGAACAUUCAGGUAUUAAGGGGGGGCAAAAGACCAAAAAAAGGGAGGGAGGUGUGAUUUUGAAAUUUAAAAGAACACUGAAAGUUUACAUUUUAUAACAUUAUUAUGCAGAUUGUAUUUAAAUUUCAGAAAUAUUUAAGACAAUUGUAAUCCUGUAAAGCUGAUGAUAUUAAAACAAGACAAAACACUUCUGACUUUUAACAGAAAA